CUAUAUCAUCCAAUCUGAGGAGUUGGAAAUUGACGAUCAUCUUUCAUACGAAGAGAAGCCAAUCAAAAUUUUGGAUCGUCAACAGAAGAUUUUGAGAACUAAAACAAUUACUCUUGUGAAAGUACUUUGGUCGCACCAUGGCUUGGAAGAGGCCAC